CAGGAGGCGGCCAGAAGGGCAGCAGCGAUGGGCACAAACGGGCCUUACUGCCGGGGCUGGUGUUCUGACGGCACAAGGGGUGCUGAAGAUGGCAGGCAGCUCCACUCCUUGGAUUGGCACUGCUUACCUCUUCCUCCAGUCGACGAGCAAGACCAUCGUUCUGCCAUCUCUCUACGAGAGCUCCCAGAAGAAGCCCAGUGUGUUCAGGGCACUGAAGCUGGCAUUAGCAGACUCCACGGGCAGCAUGAACGGCGUGGACGUGCUCAAGGUGCACUGCAGCCACCCGCAGCUGAUCGUGCAGCUCAAGUUCUGCAGGCAGGAGCACUGCCGCCGCUUCCUGCGCAGCUACCGCGACGGGCUGCUCCACAGGGCCCUGCAGAGCCACCUCCAGCUCUCUCUGGCCACCACCACAGUGCCUCUGCAAAUGGAGCUGAAGGCUGGCAGCGAGCACCUGGACAACAUGCUGAAGGAUGAGGAUCGUUGCCUGGAGUGCAUCUACAGAGAAAAGCCCGACCGCCUGCGGGAUGAGGAGAUCACGGAGCUGGAGGAACGCCUCAAGAGCCUGACUGUUCACCAGAGCCUCAACAACAAUGUGGCUGUCAAAGACUGUGCACCUCUGAGGUCCCCAUCUCUGCCUUAUCCUCCUCAGGGCAGCUCCCUUUCCCCACAGGACACCUUCAUCUUCCAGGGACAGCAGUUUGACAACAGAACAAUCACACUGGACGACCACCAGAAAUUUGCCAAGCUCGUGUCCAAGAAGUGGAAGCAAGUGGGUCGCUCUCUGCAGAAGAGCUGCCGGGCCCUGCGUGACCCUGUCAUUGACAACCUGGCCCUCGAAUACGACCGAGAGGGACUGUAUGAACAGGCCUACCAGCUGCUUCUCAAGUUCAUCCAGUCAGAGGGCAAGAAGGCCACAAUAGCACGGCUGAUCGCAGCCCUGGAAGAAAACAGUCUGAUCAGCGUGGCUGAGGAGCUCUUGGGCCUCCAUUCCAACGAGGACUGCUCCUAGAGCCCGAAGGGCAGUGCCAUUGCUAAGGGCUUUCCUGCUUUAGCUACUGUAUGAAACUGCUGCCAGUUCCUGGGAAUGUGAAGCCCUGAAAAUCAGCACAGCUUUCCAUCUAGGUUGGAAUGUCCAAGGGAGAGGCCCAGGACCUCUUACGUUCCCUA